UAUUGUGUCCAACAGGAGUCGCCUGUGUCCAAGUAGCUGGCAGACGGAUGGGGAGCAGCCAUGGACGGUGUAAUGUAGCUACGGACCAGGUUGCUAUUGCUUCGAGCGGAGCUGCACCCUAAACACGGUACCACUGCUGGCCUUUUUUGCUCCGGUGGACAGGGAUUUUUCCCUGCUGGUGAAGAGUAACAGAUACUGGGCUUCUUUCUUGAAAACAAGGGCAUUGACGGGAGAACGCAGCAUCGUCAACAUGUUCAAUCUGAUGAAGAAGGACAAGGAGAGGGAAUCGGGAAGGAAGGAAAAGAAGGACAAGAAAGAGAGGAUGUCUGCAGCAGAACUGCGGAGCCUGGAGGAAAUGAGCAUGCGGCGUGGUUUUUUCAACCUGAAGAGGGAGGCCAAGCGCGAGUCCAAGAACAAAGUCGAGAUCUCCAACCCGAUACCCAUCAAGGUGGCCAGCAGCUCGGACCUCACUCUUACUGACAUUGAAUCAGACGGCGUAAGCAACAGAAGCAGUAUGAUUCUGGAUGAGCAACUAAGUGCUGCCAGCUCCAUUGAUGAUCUGAAGGGUGAGGGUGGAGGACAGGACGGACAUCAUCGCAACUCGGUUCGAGAUCGCGUAGCUCACUUCGGGACGCUGGCAAAGCAGAACUCGUCACAGGUGGGCCAGAUGAUGAAACGCUUCUCCUUUUCCCAGAAGAGCAAAGACGAGAGCCCCUCAGACGGCUCCACACCAUCAGGCCAGAACUCUGCUGCUCCAUCUCCUCAAGUGGAGAGCCGAGUCUUCAGCAUGCUGCGCAAACACAGCCUCAACCAGCAGGCUGCCAAGCCCACCGUCAGACAGGUCAGCAUCCCUGAUGUGGUCGACAAGACAUUUCCCGCUCAGCUGCAACUGCCAGUCGUUGUCGCACCCACCGCGCCCGAAACACGUGAGCUGGUGCUCCAGCGUCGCAACACUGGGGAUUUCGGGUUUUCUUUGCGUCGCACCACCAUGCUGGACCGUAGCCCAGAUGGAGGAGUCUACAGGCGGGUGGUCCACUUUGCCGAGCCGGGCGCGGGCACGAAGGAUCUGAUGCUGGGUCUGGUGCCAGGCGACAGACUGGUGGAGAUAAACAGGCGCAACGUGGAGAACAAGAGCCGGGAUGAGAUCGUGGAGAUGAUCCGCCAGUCAGGCGACACCGUGCGGCUGAAAGUGCAGCCAAUCCUGGAGCUGAGCGAGCUAAGCCGCUGUUGGCUGAGGAACACCCAGGAACUUCGAAGGGAUGCCAGACAUGUGAAGACAGAGGAACAGAUAGCGGCGGAGCAGGCUUGGUACGGUUCAGAGAAAGUCUGGCUGGUCCACAAGGAGGGCUUUUCGCUGGCCACGGUGGUGAAGACGGAGCCUGGUUCUCUGUCAGAAGGCAAAGUGAGAAUCAAACUAGAAAGCAAUGACACAAUACUUGAUGUGGACGAGGAUGAUAUUGAAAAGGCCAACCCUCCAUCGUACGACCGCUCAGAAGAUCUGGCAUCGCUGCUGUAUCUUAAUGAAUCCAGCGUGAUCCACUGCUUGAGGCAGCGCUAUGGAGGAAACCUUAUCCACUCCUACGCUGGACCCAACAUGGUGAUCAUAAACCCUCUCAGUACGCCCUCCAUGUACUCGGAGAAGGUGAUGCACAUGUUUAAAGGCUGUCGUCGGGAGGACUCUGCUCCUCAUAUCUACUCUGUGGCCCAGUCAGCCUACCGUAAUCUUCUUACCACAAGGCAGGACCAGUCCAUUGUACUGCUGGGAAAGUCUGGCAGUGGUAAAACCACCAACUGCCAACACCUGGUCCAGUACUUGGUUUCUAUUGCUGGCAGCACUGGCAAAAUAUUCUCUGCGGAGAAGUGGCAAGCAGUCUACACCAUCCUGGAGGCUUUCGGCAACACUUCCACUUCCAUGAACGCCAAUGCCAGUCGUUUCUCACACAUCGUGUCGCUUGACUUUGAUCAAGCAGGGCAGGUGUCUUCUGCCUCUAUUCAGACCAUGCUGCUGGAGAAAAUGCGUGUGAGCAGACGACCGGAGAAUGAAUCAACCUUCCACGUUUUCUAUUACAUGAUGGAUGGCGCCGACAGCAACCUGAGAACGGAGUUACACUUUAACCACCUGGCUGAGAACAACACAUUUGGUAUCAUUCCACAGUCAAAGCCUGAGGAUAAACAGCGAGCGUCACAGCAGUUUACGAAACUACAGGCAGCUAUGAAGGUGCUGGGCAUCUCUGGUGACGAGCAGAAAGCUGUCUGGCUCAUCCUCGGGGCCAUUUACCACCUGGGCGCUGCUGGAGCAACUAAAGCGGGACGCAGGCAGUUUGCCCGUCAUGAAUGGGCCCAGAAGGCGGCCUACCUCCUGGGAUGCACCUUAGAGGAAUUGUCCUCCACCAUAUUCAAGCACCAUCCCAAAGGCCUGCAGCACUCCACCUCCUUCAGAGGAGGACCGGAUGAAACCAGCCAAGGUGACAGCUCAGCUUCUAAGGUGACAGCUGUGGAGUGCUUGGAGGCCAUGGCAUCAGGACUCUACUCGGAGCUCUUCACUCUUAUCAUCUCGCUGAUUAACAGAGCGCUUAAGUCGAGUCAGCACUCACUGUGCUCCCUGCUAAUCGUGGACACGCCGGGCUUCCAGAACCCUCACCUUGCUCAGCAGCAGCGGGGAGCUACUUUUGAGGAGCUGUGCCAUAACUACACCCAGGAGAGGCUGCAAACGCUGUUCCAUGAACGAACCUUUUUCCAGGAGAUGGAGAGAUACAAGGAGGAAAACAUAGAGCUUGCUUUAGAUGACAUAGAGUCCACUCCUUCAGUGUCUGUAGCAGCUAUCGACCAAACGUCACCUCAAGCUCUGGUUCGUACUCUGGCAAGGACCGAUGAAGCCCGAGGCCUUCUGUGGCUGAUGGAAGAGGAGGCAGGUCAUCCUGCAGGGUCGGAGGAAACUAUGUUGGAGAGGCUCUUCAGCUACUACGGCUCUGGACAAGGAGAACGGAAAGGAGCCAAUCUGCUGCUGCGAGGACAGAAACCCGACCUCUUCCUUCUGGGUCACAGCCACGGGACGGACUGGGUGGAGUACGACACCCAGGGCUGGCUGAGCCAUGCCAAGCAUAACCCUGCCGCCCAGAACGCAGCCACUCUGCUGCAAGACUCCCAAAAGAAGAACAUCAGCGGGUUGUUCAUGGGCCGAGCCAGCGGGGCCACCGUGCUGUCAGGCUCCAUUGCUGGUCUGGAGGGCAGCUCUCAGCUUGCCCUGCGACGGGCCACCAGCAUGAGGAAGACCUUCACCACGGGUGUGGCUGCUGUCAAGAAGAAGAGCUUGUGUAUUCAGGUCAAACUUCAGGUGGAUGCCCUCAUUGACAUGGUGCGCCGCUCCAAGGUCCAUUUUGUCCACUGCCUGCUGCCCAAAGUGGAGGCAGUGGGUGGGGGGAGUGAAUCAAGUGUUCCGCUGGGAGACAGUGCAGAUUCAGGCCUCAUGACUUUGGAUGUGGGUCUUCUCAGAGCUCAGCUCCGAGGAUCCAAAGUGCUGGAUGCAUUGCGCAUCUACAGACAAGGAUAUCCAGACAAUAUGGUGUUCUCUGAGUUCCAAAGGCGUUUUGAUGUCCUGGCGCCACAUUUGACCAAGAAGCAUGGCCGUCACUACAUUGUGACAGAUGAGAAGCGCGCGGUGGAGGAAUUGCUGGAGUGUUUGGAUUUGGAGAAGAGCAGCUACCACAUGGGACUAAGCAGAGUGUUCUUCAGAGCAGGGAUGUUGUCUAGGCUGGAAGAGCAGAGGGUGGUUCAGACGAGAAGGAACAUCUCUCUGUUCCAGGCUGCCUGCAGGGGAUAUUUGGCCAGACAAGCAUUCAAAAAGAGAAAGAUCCAGGAUCUGGCCAUCCGUUGUAUCCAGAAGAACAUUAAGAAGAAUCGUGGCGUCAAAGAUUGGCCGUGGUGGAAACUUUUCACAACAGUCAGACCUCUGAUUGAGGUCCAACUCACUGAGGAACAAAUCCGUGGCAAGGAUGAAGAGAUCCAGCAGCUGAAGCAAAAGCUGGAGAAGGUGGAGAAAGAAAGGAAUGAACUAAGACUCAACAGCGACCGCCUUGAGAGCAGGAUCACCGAGCUGUCAUCGGAGUUGACUGAUGAGCGGAAUACUUGGGAGUCGGCCUCUCAGAUGCUGGAGACUGAAACCUCUCAAAGACUCCAUCUUGAGAAGGACAUGAAGGACCUGCAGACCCACUUUGAUAGCAUGAAAAAGCAGAUGGAGGUGAUGGAGAUGGAAGUGAUGGAGGCUCGUCUCAUCAGGGCCUCUGAACUCAAUGGAGAGUUGGAUGAUGACGAAUCAGGAGGAGAGUGGAGGCUGAAGUAUGAAAGAGCCAUCAGAGAAAUUGAAUUCACCAAGAAGAGACUGCAGCAGGAGCUGGAUGACAAGCUGGAAGUGGAGCAGCAGACCAAACGACAGCUGGAAAGGAGGAUCAGCGACCUGCAAGAUGAUAACGAAGAAGCACAGCGAAAUAUUCAGCAGCUCAAGAAGAAAGCGCAGAGACUCACUGCCGAACUGCAGGACACUAAACUCCACUUGGAGGGCCAACAGAGCCGCAACCAUGAUCUGGAGAAAAAGCAGAGGAAGUUCGACAGUGAGCAGAGUGCUGCCCAGGAAGAAGUGCAGAGGGAAAAGACUUUGAAGGAGAAAUUGGCCCGUGAGAAAGACAUGCUGUCUGGAGAGGCUUUCAGUCUCAGACAGCAGUUAGAGGACAAGGACCUGGAGGUUUGUGCAGUCCAACUAAAGUUGGACCAGCUGGAGGCUGAACUACAGGACCUCAAUUCCCAAGAGUCCAAGGAUGAGGCAUCACUUGCUAAGGUUAGGAAGCAGCUUCGUGACAUGGAGGCCAAGGUAAAGGACCAAGAAGAGGAGCUAGACGAGCAAGCCGGAACCAUCCAGAUGUUAGAGCAGGCUAAAUUACGUCUUGAGAUGGAGAUGGAGCGUUUGCGCCAAACCCAUUCCAAGGAUGUCGAGAACAAAGAUGAAGAGGUUGAGGAAAUCAGACAGUCAUGCAGUAAGAAGUUAAAGCAAAUGGAGGUCCAGCUUGAGGAAGAGUAUGAUGAGAAGCAGAAGGUGCUGAAAGAGAAACGAGAACUGGAGUCAAAGCUGGUGUCGGCUCAGGACAAGGUGAGAAGUGGGGACAUUGAGACCGAGAGACGUCUCAGGAAAGACCUGAAGAGGACCAAGACUUUGCUGGCUGAUGCUCAGAUCAUGUUAGACCACAUCAAGAACAAUGCACCCAGCAAGAGGGAGACCGCCCAGUUAAAGAACCAGCUGGAGGAGUCUGAGUUCACGUGUGCUGCAGCAGUUAAAGCCCGCAAGGCCAUGGAGGUGGAGAUUGAAGACUUGCAUGUUCAAAUGGAGGACAUCUCCAAAACAAAACAGGCGCUGGAGGAGCAGCUGAGUCGUCUGCAAAGAGAGAAGAAUGACUUGCAGACAAGAAUCGAUGAAGACCAGGAGGACCUGAAUGAGUUGAUGAAGAAACACAAGGCUGCUGUGGCUCAGUCUGCACAGAACCUGGCUCAGAUCAGUGACCUACAAGCCCAGCUGGAGGAGGCACUCAAGGAGAAGGUGGAGGUUCACGAGAAGAUGCAAGCCCUCCAGAGUCAGCUGGACUUCCAGGAGCAGUCCAUGGUGGAGAAAUCCCUUUUGAGCCGGCAGGAGGCCAAGAUCCGUGAGCUGGAGACCAAGCUGGAGUUCGAGAAGACCCAGGUUAAGCGCCUGGAGAGCCUUGUGGCGCGUCUCAAGGAGAACCUGGAAAAAAUGACAGAGGAACGAGACCAGCGCAGCAGCAAUGAGAUGCGUGAUAAAGAACAGAGCAAACGUUUGCAAAGGCAGAUCCGUGACAUGAAAGAAGAGAUGAGUGAACUUGCCAAAAAGGAAGGAGAGGCCAGCCGCAAAAAACACGAGCUGGAAAUGGACAUUGAGAGCUUAGAAGCUGCAAAUCAGAGUCUACAGGCGGACCUCAAACUGGCCUUCAAGCGGAUUGGUGACCUGCAGGCUGCCAUUGAGGACGAAAUGGAGAGUGACGACAAUGAAGACCUGAUCAAUAGUUUACAAGACAUGGUGACUAAGUAUCAGAAACGCAACAACAGAACUCAAGGGGAUUCAGACACGGACUCUGAGGUGGAGGGUUGUGUGGAUGAUGUGAAAUGCUGGUUGUCCAAAAGUAAAGGAUCCGCCAAGAACUUUUCAGACGACGGCAGCCUGAAGAGCUCUAGAUUUGCUGUAAACUUAGAUGCAAAAGAAGGGAAGGAUUGGUCCGAGGUUAAGCAGUGGAAGGAAGCAGAUAAAGACGUAAAGACGAGCCGGCCGGUGUCCGUCAUGAGCUCCCUCAGCUACAGAAAACACUCCCACCUAGAUUUGAAAGGGGACGCCUUGAAGAAAAGUGCAGAGUCAGAGGACAGUCUGUCUUUCCAAAAGAGUAAAGCCAAAAACACAGACCUUCAGGAUGACACCAACUCAACCGGCUUCAGGAGGAAAUCCUCGGCAGCUGAUGACGCAGAUGACAGACAGUCGGUUUUCUCCCAAGGCAAGGAAAGCCAUUGGGGCGACUUUGACAAAGAAUCGAGCAUUUCAUUCAUUCCGCCAAGGCGGGCCUCUACCGGCAUCGGCUUCAGCCCAGAGGAUGAUGAUGCAAAGUCUACCCUCAGCUUUGGUCUGGAAACCCCCCUUGGACGCCGGCAAAGCACUUCACGCUUGGAUGACAGCCCCAGUUUUCCGAGACGGUCUGGGGGUCGCAGUCCCGGUAGCGUAAGCCAAGCUGAUUCCCGUAUGUCACACGCACGUAGCUGCCGUCUGAGCGAGUUUGAUCUCGAUAUGGACGAUAGCAGAAGUGUAGCCUCAUCUGCUGGCCGAAGCAUUUCCAUGCCGCCACCGCAGGCUCGAUCGGCAGCAGACCUCACCGAUACCGUGGACAUCAAACCAGUCAGUCAUCGAAACUACCUCGACCCAGACCUGGAAAAAGCCAUCAAUGAAGUAUUGAGUUUCAAACCCAUUCAAUUCAAACGCAGGAGCCUGGAGGACUCUGAGGCUGAGGAGGUCCAAUCCAAGGGGAAUGAAGAGGAAGGUGGGAGUAUCCAGAAAUGCGGAGGAAUGCCCCCUGCCGGUCAUCUUCAACGCUCCGCCUCAGCGCUGAGCUGCUUGAGACCCCGCAGCAGCAGCAGCUGUAGGAGUCACCGCAGCAAAGGCAAGAAGAAGAAGAAGAAGAAGAAGAAGUAUAGUUCACAGUCUGAGAGUUCAAGUGAUGGUCAUAGGAGUAGCUCCAAGAGGAGGUCCAAGAAGUCCAAGAAGAAAAAAUUGUCAUCAUCAUCAUCAGAUUCUGAAUCGGAGUCGAGCUCCGGUGCCUCCACCGUUUCCUACCGCAGCUCCAGCAGUGUGAAGAAAUCACCAUCUCAAAAGGUCCUUCAAGUCGAAGAGGAGGGAGACGAUGUUCCUCAGAGGGAGAGCAAGAAGGAUGACAAGAAGAGGAAGAAGAAGGUGGACAGCCUGAUGAUGAAGUACUUGUAUCGUCCGGAUAGCGACUGAAGCGGGCACCCACCUGGCAGAAGACGCUACUGCUACAGAUCUGACGACGACGAGGACGAGGAGGAAGAGGAGCGGAGGGGCGUCUCCAAGGAUCUCUCCCCGCUCUUCCAUGUAGCGUCCAACUGAAGGAUGAGGCCGGGUCCUGCUUUCUCAAACAAAUCUUCUAGCCGCUUGAUGUCUUGCAUGCAACGUUGACCUCACUUGCUGUUGUUGGAGAGACACACACACACACACACACACACACACACACCACCACCUUAGAGGAAAUCCUCUUAAGAUUUGGUGUCCUUUUCAAUGGCUUUGUUGGUCCUGAUGGCCGCUUGCUCUUCCCCUCUGACAUCUUGGCUGGCAGUGAUGGAAAGAUGUUAUUGCUCUGAUCAUUUCUUCAGCUCUUCUGGUGUCUUUUUUUCAGCAUAUACUGUAGUUCACCGUAGUAAUAUGUAAUAUGACAGCACCAUGUAUUGCCAAAAAGCUUUGCUUUCACGUACUCUGGUCUGCCAACUGAUACCAAAUCCGGGGAAAGCCUCCUAAGUGUUUUUUUGUUCAUCACGUCCAUCACGUCUUCUGUCGUCACGCUUUCUUGGUUUCUUCUGCUGCGCUCUGCGGACGCUCUCAUCUGUAGCGUUUUCAAAGAAUCACCUUUAAAAGUGAAAGCAAUUCCUCCAAAUACAGCCACCGCACAAAAAAUAAUAGUUGUGAAUAUGCAUUACUGUAAUAUACAGUACAUACCAUUUCUACUUGAAGGAGUUUUGCCACCAAUCCUGUUGCAGCAGCUGCUCUUAUUUUCAUAAUUUCCCAUCAAUAACGCCAACCAUUGUGGCUGAUAUGAUAGACACACACGGAACCUUGGUUAGCGUCAUUAUAUCAUAGACACACACGGAACCUUGGUUAGUGUCAUUAUAUCAGACACACACACGGAACCUUGGUUAGCAUCAUUCAUCCGUGCCGGAAGGGCCGACUAACCAAAACAUACUCUAACCCGGGGGUGCUCAAAGUGCGGCCCCGCCCACGCCUGCCUUUUUAUUAGCCCUUGGCGUACUCUAAAAAUACAAUUAAGAGAAAGAAAAAAACAGCAAAAAUGGUGGAUAAAAUGGAAACUUGGGUUGGAUAAAAGUAAAUGUUAGGCUAAUAAAGUCACAAUACUAUGACAAAGACAGGGAAAAACGUACGAGAAGGAAAUUGAAAUAUUAAAAAAAUAAAAACUGCAAAAAUUGGAAAACUAAUAUGCUUGUCAACAAUAAUGAAAAAUAAAGCUGUUUUUCUUUAAAUCUAUAUUUAAAAAACUUGUCAGCAUUUCCACGUGGGUUGGUUAAAAAAAAAAAAAAUGGACGGUGGCCCCCCCGCAUCCUUUGAUUUUUCACAACGCGACCCUCGAUGGAAAAAGUUUGGACACCCCUGCUCUAACCAAUCAUUUUUCCCAUAAGUACUAAUGUAAAUCCAAUGAAUCCUUUGCAGAAAGACAACAAUGUUAACACAAAGCAUGUAAAUGAUGAAUGGAAGGGAUAAAUUACUUACUUACACCACCUUCCUGGUUUGCUACGAGUUAUUUCUUGAAUUCAAUAGUGCUUCUCACCUUUAUCAAAAUGCUGCCACUUGCAACUUAUUUUGGCUCCAUUUUUUGAGUUAUUUUGCAGCCAUGCUCAAUAAGAACAGAUUUGUGGCGUGACUGAUGACAACAGGCAACGGAGCUGACUUCCGCUUCCAAUAGGAUGCUGACAAGGCCGUUUUGUGAUUAAAAAAAAAACAUGUGAGAACAGUUGGACUCGCACAGAUGUGUGCCAUAUUGUACGCUAACCAGAAAAUGGACACAAAUUAUGACUUUUAACUGAAAAACACUAACCAAGGUUCCACUGUACUAUUUAGUCGAGGUACAAAAGUCGAAGUUGAGAAAAACAUCCCCAAAUCCCCAAACAUCCCCAGAUCCACGUUCCUUUCUUUUUAUGCCAAUGCCUGUAAAUUAUGAUUGCAGUUUUGACCCUCAAGCAGCCAUGUUUUCAAGGCCUUAUGAAAUGAUGCUUAUGUUGGCAAUUCCUUUACAUGUCCGCACCUUUAUAUCUACUAUUAUUGUUCAGUGUGGCUACAGCAAACCUGAUUUCUUGCCCGAGAAUUAUGGUUAAGUUGCAUAAUUUCUUGUGUUAAUUUCUCACGGGAUUUGUUGGCCAAUGGGAAUGUUGACCUUCACCAGCAUUGCGCAGUCUUACAGCAUUCACCUUUUCAAUUUGCAACAUUUGCUUGUUUUUUUUUUAAUCCAUGCAACGACAAACGCCAAGCCGUCGUCAGUUUCCCUUUGCGGCCUUGCGGCUGACACGUUCGCAGCAGCAUGGACAAAUACGGACAAGCCGCUUAUAAAGUCCACAUGAAGUCAAAUGGCGUUUGAGCUCCGAACUGCAAAGCGUUUUGAGUUUGUAGAAAUGCUUUUUGGUUUUGUCUAUGCAGUCAAUAUUGAAUUGUGCUACAGACUUUAUGAGCCAAGAUUCGAGUGUCUGGAAAACGACAAACACAGCAUACAUAACUUUACUGACUGCACACACUAUAUAUAUAUGUUUAUGAUUUAUGUUAGCUUUGAAAAUAGUUGCUUUAUUUUCAUUAUUGAACAAAUUGACCUCUUGUGAUAAAUUUUUGCAUUACAGUUUUAAUAUAUUGUAAAUAAAAAAAAAUGGUGAUUGUU